ACUCCAGCUGUGAGGAACAGAGUCUUUAUUACACAUCACACGUUCUGUAUUCUCUCUGAUUCACCGAGGAUGGACAAGGACAGGAGUCACAGGACUGAGAGGAUAAUAAAUAUCACCCUGGAGAUCAUCUACCUGCUGACUGGGGAGGAUUACACAAUAGUGAAGAAGACAUCCAAUGAGUAUGAGACACCCAGCAGCCAUCCCCCUGUAUCAGGAGGACUGAGUAGAACCCAGAGCCCCAUCACGGUGCCUCCACCUCACUCACUGACACAUGAGAGACACAAUGAUCAGAAGAUCCUGGAACUCACCAAGAAGAUCAUUCAGUUGCUGACUGGAGAGGAGGGGGAGUAUAUAGAGAAACACAGAGGUCUGUACAAGGACGUGAUGAUGGAGAAUCACCGACCCCUCACAUCACUGGAUGGGCCCAGUAACAGAGAUACCCCAGAGAGAUGUCCCCGUCCUUUGUAUUCCCAGGAUUGUACAGAGGAGAAUCACAGGAUCCCACAGGAGGAUCAGGAAGAACGUCUGUCUGAUAUUAAAACGGAAGAUACAGAGGGAGAAGAGACGUAUGUGACUGAUAUAAAGGCAGAAGAUAUAGAGGGAGAAGAAGAGACGUAUGUGACUGAUAUAAAGGCAGAAGAUAUAGAGGGAGAAGAAGAGACGUAUGUGACUGAUAUAAAGGCAGAAGAUAUAGAGGGAGAAGAAGAGACGUAUGUGACUGAUAUAAAGGCAGAAGAUAUAGAGGGAGAAGAAGAGACGUUUGUGACUGAUAUAAAGGCAGAAGAUAUAGAGGGAGAAGAAGAGACGUAUGUGACUGAUAUAAAGGCAGAAGAUAUAGAGGGAGAAGAAGAGACGUAUGUCAUUGAUAUAAAGGCAGAGGAUAUAGAGGGAGAAGAAGAGAUGUAUGUGACUGAUAUGAAGGCAGAAGAUAUAGAAGGAGAAGAAGAGACCUAUGUGACUGACAUAAAGGUAGAAGAUAUAGAGGGAGAAGAAGAGAUGUAUGUGUCUGAUAUAAAGGCAGAAGAUAUAGAGGGAGAAGAAGAGACGUAUGUGAGUGGUGAUCAGCAGUGUAAGGAGGAGGAGAUCCCUACAGAUAUCAGCACAGCAGACGGACACACAAGCAGGAAUAUCUCAGAAGGACAUCUAAUAUCAUCCCAGGAUUGUGAAAUAAAAGAUGACAGUAGACAGGAUUCUCCAGGAACUAAUCUCAUUACCCCAAUUAUACAUCCAGCUCUAUCAGCUGGUCCCUCUGAUCCUGGGAAAUGUUCUCCUGAUCACUCUGAUAUUGGUGCAUCUGUUCCAGCUCUGAGAGUAGAUACAGAGUUUCCCUGUUCUAUAGAUGCCAGAUGUUUUACACAGAACACAAAGCGUAUUACCCAUCAGCCAGUUAAGGCAGGCGAGAGGCAAUUUCCAUGUUCUGAGUGUGGGAAAUGUUUUGCACGGAAAUUAUUUCUUGUUCACCAUGAGAGAAGUCACACCGGAGAGAAGCCAUUUUCUUGUUCCGAGUGUGGAAAACGUUUUUCACACAAGUCAUAUCUUGUUAUGCAUGAGAGAAGUCACACCGGAGAGAAGCCAUUUACAUGUUCUGAGUGUGGAAAAGGUUUUUCACAGAAAUCAACUCUUGUUCAACAUGAGAGAAGUCACACCGGAGAGAAGCCAUUUACAUGUUCUGAGUGUGGGAAACGUUUUGCACUUAAAUCAACUCUUGUUAGACAUGAGAGAAGUCACACCGGAGAGAAGCCAUUUACAUGUUCUGAGUGUGGGAAAUGUUUUACACAGAAAUCGAAUCUUGUUCAACAUGAAAGAAGUCACACCGGAGAGAAGCCAUUUUCUUGUUCUGAGUGUGGAAAAGAUUUUUCACACAAGUCAUAUCUUAUUAUACAUGAGAGAAGUCACACCGGAGAGAAGCCAUUUUCAUGUUCUGAGUGUGGGAAACGUUUUGCACUUAAACCAACUCUUGUUAGACAUGAGAGAAGUCACACCGGAGAGAAGCCAUUUUCAUGUUCUGAGUGUGAAGAAUGUUUUACACAGAAAUCAACUCUUGUUAGACAUGAGAGAAUUCACACAAGUGAGAAGCCAUUUCCAUGUUCUGAGUGUGGGAAAUGUUUUACACGGAAAUCACAUCUUGUUCAACAUGAGAGAACUCACAGAGGUGUGAAGCCAUUUGCAUGCUCUGAGUGAUUAAUAAAUCAGCUCUUGUUGGACACAGUAGACAUCACACAGGUGGGGAACCAUUUUAAUCUUCUGGAGUAUACUCAUCUUCACCAUUUCCCUGCAUUGUUCCUUCAGGUUUUAUUUUAUGUCCUGUGGGUUUUUUUUUACAAUAUACAUGCUGCUACUGGGUGAAAUAAUAAGACGUCAUGUCCUCCUUUACCUCUACUAUGCAGAUAACCUGUCUUUGCUCCGGGUACUGAAAACAAUACCAAUACUAAAUGUCUAGCUGAGCUCCAGGUGUGGGUGAUGCCAGUAGGCCGUGACUCAGUCCUAGUGAAACAGGUCCAUAUGCUAAUGCUGCCGACUCUCCUGUCUUCUGAUUACUUCCUCCCAUGCCUAUCCAAGAUUUUUCACGUGCUGCUCCCUUUCUCUGGAAUUCUUUACCUCUCCCCCUCAGACUGUUACCAGCAGUACCAAGAAUCUGCCGUAAUUAAUUUGUGGUUGAUCUGUUAGCUAUGCAGCCCUGACCAUGGAACCUGCUGCCUCGCACAGUCCAAGAGACCUCCACCCUGGUGACCACAAACAGACUGAUGACUGUUACUCACAUAUUUCAUUAAUGUUCCUUCACUUCCUAAAUAUACAUCCCACAUGCUGAGGUCUUUAUUCUGUUCUA